UCAAACGGUGAAUUCGCCCGCUUCUACAGACAGAGAGUGAGAAUUCCGUGCACAGCAUCGACAGGGAUAGGAACGUUUUACAUUGACGCGCAACGGCAUUGAAUCGUCAGGGUUGCAAAUCAAAGACGGCUCUAAACUCAUCUGUAACCAUUUCAUUAGUAGCCUAAUGGAACUUUAUCAUUAUGGAUAUUUUCAAUGGAGAGUAUGAAUGUAAGUAAACUUUUUCGUUGAUAACUAGUCUAAAGUGCUCUCAAAGCUGAAGUCUGAUUUGUUCGUCCGUUAAUGUUCUCCUACAAAUUCGGCAAUAACUUUGUUAUGGACAAAUGAGAAGUGUUGCAUUUUAGUGUUGGAAAAACAUACUACAUGAGUACCUUUUAUGGGGAGCCAGCCGUUGUCUAAAUCUCCAAGUAAAAUUAAGCAAAACCUGAGAGCACACGAGUACUCCGUCUGUGAUUUGUCGUAGGAUAGAUCAGUCUGUCGCCAUGAGUUUAGUUGGAGGGUUUCCCCACCACCCGGUGAUGCAUCAUGACGGCUAUUCCUUCGCUGCUGCAGCAGCUGCCAGCCGCUGUCAUGAAGAAACCCCAUAUUUCCAUGGGUGGCUUAUCAGCCAUCCGGAGAUGUCUCCUCCAGACUACACUAUGGCACCCUCGUACAGCCCCGAAUACUCAACCGGAGCCCCCGGGCUCGAUCACUCGCACUACGGAGGAGUACCAGGGGCCGGCGACGUCGGAAUGGGACCACGCACGGUGAAACGUAGACCCACGGCAAACCGAAAGGAGAGGCGCAGGACUCAGAGCAUCAACAGCGCCUUCGCAGAACUCAGGGAAUGCAUUCCCAACGUGCCCGCGGAUACGAAGUUGUCCAAGAUCAAAACUCUUCGCUUGGCCACCAGUUAUAUUGCUUACCUUAUGGACAUUCUGGACAAAGACGAACAGAACGGGGAAGCAGAGGCCUUCAAAGCAGAAUUCAAAAAGACAGACGCCAAAGAAGAGAGGCGAAAGAAGGAAAUGAAUGACGUUUUGAAAAACUCAGGGAGCAGCAAUGACAAGAAAACCAAAGGGAGAACUGGUUGGCCGCAGCAUGUUUGGGCUUUGGAACUGAAACAAUGAGACUAAAGCAAAAGACAUGAAAAGAGGCCCUCUGAACUCAUUUUCAGUUGUUCUCUCACUUUAUUUAAUGGAAUAUUUAUGUGCAAUUUCCCGCUACGAACAUUGGAUAUUUGAGGAAAAACCAUUCCAUUUAGAAGGAGGAUACUCUCUUGGUAAGAGACUGUGUGUUGCUGUCUGAUGAUGCUUAUGUUUGUUUCCUUGUCCUAUUGUGAAUCCAAAUUAGAUAUCUGCCACUAUAGGAGUACGUGAAGUUGUCUGUUUCUGUCUCUCUAUCACUUUCAGUAGGCUAUUUCUUUCUCUGUCUUCAUCUUUCUUGAAUUCUAAGAAGGAUUAGUCGAUGUUAUAAUAUAGUAAAUGUUUUAUUUGAAAAUGUCAUGAAGUGUUAUAUUGUCAUUUUGUGGUCGUAUAGAUUGCUGAAACAACUGUUAAGUCCACUCAGUGCACUUCCGUCCAGAGACACAAAACUUAAAAAAUAUUGGAGAUGUAAGCAAUGUAAUUAAUUCAAUAAACCACUGUGUUUGUAACGAUCUUAGACCCUUUUUAUUCCCUUGAGCUGUAAUGAUAUUGAUAAACUUAUUGAUGUUUUGUAAAACUACUUUUACAAUUAUUCAAAAAGAUGAACAGUUAUUUAA